AUGAGCGUGGAAUUCAUCGACAGCCAAAUCGUGACGGAAUUCGUGAACGAUUCGAAGGCGUUCGAGAAGUGGGCGAGCGAAAAGUUCAGGACGCUCGACGCCGACGGCAACGGCGUGCUGUCGCGCGACGAGCUGCAGAGGCGCUCCGGCAAGCUAUCAUCGGCGGAGUUCGAGCUGCAGUCGCCGGACGAGAUCAGCGGCCUCUACGACGUCCUGUUCAGCAAGUUCGACGCCGACGGGAGCGGGACGAUCGAUCCGCAGGAAUUCAUGGCGCUGACGAAGGAGAUCAUGCUCGCAAAAGCGCGCGGGAUCGGAAACUCCCCAAUUUGUAUUAUUCUGCAGGGUGAUAGUUUGCUCAUGAGGGCGGUGCAGCUCGCCAACUCCUGA